AAUAGAAAACUUGAUUUUACUGUUUCUAAAAUUUCUAUACAAUUCUAAAACAUUUCUUAACGAGAAACGACAAACAAAUUAUAGAACUCCUCAUUUUUUAAACAUAUAUAGGAUUAGGUGGUGGGUAGUUUUGUUAAUCAACCUUUUUUUCUCUACGUUUUGUUAAGAUUAGCAUAGUACUUAAAUUAUGUCCAAAUGACCAAAUCCAGAAGACUCUUGUUAAACAUAUUUUUGAGUUCAAACUCUUGUUCUCCAGCCUUGUAAAACAGCUGUUGAAUGAUUCCACCGGCAAUGGCCAGCAUCAAAACCAUAGCUGAAACACUCAACUUUGCCUCCAUUCCUUCCUCUUGCAUCUUCUCCGGCGACGGUGGCGCUGUCGAUGCAGCUCCACAAGGUGUUGGAGAUUCGAUCCCCACCAUUGAUUUCUCUCUUCUCACCACGGGUACUCCCGAUCAACGAGCCAAAGUCGUGGAUCAGCUCGGCAAGGCAUGCCAGGACUGGGGUUUCUUCAUGAGACAAUUGGUGAGACUUGACCAGGCAAACGGAAUCGAAGCUCUUAAAAUUAUAGAGGCCCAGUUGAAAACAAGCUCAUGACAAAACUAAGUACUUAAAAACUACUGUUUCUUUCUCAAAAGAAACCCAUUUGCAAUAGGUGAUGAAUCAUGGAGUGGAGGAGAGGAUGAUGAAGGAGAUGAUGGAUAUUUGUAGAGAGUUUUUUGAUCUAACAGAGGAAGAAAAGACAGAGUACAAAAACAGAGAAUGUUCUUGACCCCAUCAAAUAUGGCACCAGCAUCAAUCCUCAGAAAAAGAAGGUGUUGUUCUGGAGGGAUUACUUGAAAAUCUUUCUUCAUCCCAACUUCCAUUCCCCAACUAAACCUCCCAGAUUCAGAGAUGUUGGAAGAAUACUGCAAAACAACCAUUGAAAUUGCGAGAGAAUUGGUGGGAGGAAUCUCAGAGAGCCUGGGGUUGGAAACCUGUAAUCUAGAGAGAGCAGUGGAUUUUGAAUCGUGCUCAGUUUUGUUUGCAGCAAACUUUUAUCCGCCAUGUCCACAGCCAGAGCUUGCAAUGGGUUUGCCAUCUCACUCUGAUCAUUGCCUUCUCACCCUUCUUCUUCAUAACCAAAUUUCUGGCCUUCAAAUCUUGCAUCAAGGCAACUGGGUGAAUGUCAAUCCCAUUCCCAAUUCAUUUCUAGUUCAUGUAGCUGACCAACUAGAGAUCUUGAGCAAUGGUAAGUACAAGAGCGUUUUGCACAGAGCAACGGUGAACAAUAAGGCCACAAGGUUGUCUAUAGUCAUGGCAGUUCGGCCAUCACCUGAAACAGUGGUUGGUCCUGCACCUCAAUUGCUGAAUAAACUCACCAAUCCUCCUUUGCUUAAGCACAUCAAAUACAUAGAUUAUAUGCAAAUGGUGUAUAGUAGCAAUCUCCAAGAUCCAACGCAUUUGUCUACUUUGAAUCUCGAUCUUUAUCGUAUGUGUUUUUAUUAGCUUAUUUGUACUGUAUUUGAGAGAUAAAUGGAUCCUACUAAAACAUUUUAGUCAAUAAAAAUACACCACGUCAAAAAGUUAG